AUGAGUGGAUCAAAUAAACAACAGGCGAAUUCACCACGUCCUCAACAAAAUGAAGGAGCAGACAUUCCAGUAAUUCCUCCAGAGGAAAAUCCAGUUGCUCAAAUGCAAAUUCCAGUUCCUGUAGAACAAAAUCCAAUUAUUCCCGAACAAAUGGUAAUACCUCAGCAAAAUCCAGUUGUUCAGCAACCAAGACCAGUUGGGCAACAACCAAGACCACUUGGUCGGUAUAAUCCAGCUCGUUUUCCUCGACUUCCGGUUCCUCAAAGGGUUCGUCCCCGUAAUCGUUUAAGAAAUGGUUACAGAAUCCAUCCACAUCUUAUUGCCCUUCAAAAUGCAGUUCGUAUGGGAGAGGCCAGUGGCUUCCGCCCUCGUAGAGCUAGAGGCAAUUUAACAAUGAGAAGCUACAGAGCACCACUAAGAGCAGAACAUCCAGGAAUCAUCGGAGAUUCCCGUAAUCUUGGCAAAAUGUUGCUUUAUUUCUCAUUGUAUGUGAUAUUACAAUAUGCAACAGUUUCGGCUUCAGAAAAUAUAGACAAAAGAGCGCUGCAGAAAUCUCACGAAAAAUCUCAACAAGAAAAAUGGGCAGAUGCGUUUUUAAACAGAAACCAGUUGGAACGACAGCUGGAUCUUGUAAUGCUUUUAAAACAGAUCACUGUCGACUACCUCUCGGAUUGCACACCGAUUAUUCUGUUUGAUACAUUCACGGAAAAAAAGGACAAUUUACUACUAGAAAAACUCUUAACAAGUUUUCCUAUAGCUUACAUGCACGGUCAAAUUACAGAUAACUAUGAAGUCAAUUUAUUCACAAACAUUGACGGUAUGCAGCCUACUUGUUUAAGCUACUUGCUGUUCAUGAAAGAUGUCAUGAAAUCCAAGGAAGUAAUUGGAGAACAAAACAAUGCUAAAGUAAUUGUUGUCGCAAGAUCUUCGCAAUGGAGGGUAUUUGAGUUUUUGUCUCACGAGGAGUCUAGGUAUUUUGUAAAUCUACUUGUUAUUGUACAGUCCGAAAGAAUUAUGGCGGCCAACGAGGAAGCUCCAUAUAUAUUAUAUACACAUAAGCUUUACAUAGAUGCCCUUGGUUCCAGCAAACCAAUCGUCCUGUCAAGUUUUCAAGAUGGAAAUUUAACAAGAUCGGUGGAUUUGUUUCCUAAAAAGUUUAGUGAUGGGUUUUCAGGGCAUAGAUUCAUUGUAGCAAUGUCUAACCAACCUCCGUUUGUGAUUUUCAAAGGAGGAAGGAGUGCUGAUGGAGAAAAGAUCUUUGAAGGAAUUGAGGUUAGGUUGGUUAAUUUGUUGUCCAAGUUGUAUAAUUUUACUACUGACUAUAGAGAGGCAACAGAAGAUUCCGACGUGGGGUCUUCAGAAGCAGUAACUAGAACGAUAAUGAGGAAAAAAGCAAAUAUUGGAAUAGGUGGAAUUUAUGUCACACCGGAUAAACUUGACAGAAUGGGUUUGACUAGAUGGCAUACACGGGACUGCGCUGCAUUUAUUUCUCUCGCAUCAACAGCUCUACCGAGGUCUAGCUUUUAUAUUUAA